AUGGCCAUGUCUGCACUUCACCUGGAAGCUGUCACCGAUUACUCGGCUGAUGGGUUCAUUGCUGCUUAUCGCAGGUUCGUGAGUCAUCGGGGUCAUUGUGCGAAUCUCUACAGUGACUGUAGCACCAAUUUUAUCGGUGCUGACAAGGAGCUGAGGAGAUUACGCUCAGCUGGAUCGAAGGAGAUCCAGGAGAUCUCAGCGGUAUACCUCAAGGAUGGCACUCGAUGGUCGUUCAAUCCACCAGGGGUACCGUAUUUCGGAGGUAAAUGGGAAGCAGCGGUCAAGUCGGUGAAGUACCUCUCUCGGACGGUUCGGGACACGGUUCUGACGUUCGAGGAGCUCUCUACGCUGCUUACUCAGAUCGAAGCACUUCUCAACUCCAGACCUCUACAGGCUCUCUCCGAGGACCCUGACAACGUGCUGUGUCUUACCCCGGCACAUUUUUUGAUUGGAGAGGCUCUAAUUACUCUGCCGGAACCUUCACUUGAUGAUCUGAACGUUGAGCGGCUCUCUAGAUGGCAACUGAUCCAGCAGAGGCUGCAGUACUUCUAG